GGCGCGAAAAACGCACUGUGUGGCUUUCUGUGUCACACCGUGGGGCGGAUCUAGAGUCCCCGUGGGUUUUUUUUGGUGUCUUUUUAUAUAUAUGUAAAAAAAAAAGUAAACUGCCACAAAAGUAUCGACACAUUUCUUGGAAUCCGGUAACAACUCGGGCAGUUUCAAAAAGGACAAAACAUUUCGUUGGAAAUUCUCGUGAACUGUUGGCUCUUUGGCUGCGGUGGGAUUUUCAGCGUCGCUUUGGGGAUUUCUGAAAACGCCGGACAUUCUUCGGAGGCCGUUGGUGUCAUUUGGUCAUUUCUGGGAAUAAACUCUAGGGGAUUUUAUUAGCUGGAGUUAACAUGGAGUUCGACUGUUACCAGCACUAUUUCUUCGACGAUUUCGACACCGAGGAGGAUUUUUACAAGUCUACCGCACCGAGCGAGGACAUAUGGAAAAAGUUCGAGCUGCUGCCCACCCCUCCCAUGUCUCCCACACGGACUCUGAGCGGCGAUCUGCACCUCUCGGCAGGAGACAAGCUCAGCUGGCUGUCCAAGGUGCUGGGUCAGGACGAGGAGUGCGAGGGUCCCUUCACACCAGACACGGAGGAGUUAUUAGGCAACUUCAGCGCGCACAUCAUCCAGGACUGCAUGUGGAGUAGUUUUUCUGCCAGUAAGCAGCUGGAGAAGGUCAACGGGAGAGUGUCGGCUGCGGCGCAGACCGUUGUGCCCCCGGUGGCACAGAUUUCCGUGAGACCGAGCAAAGCGCAGUGCGUCUCGCCCGCCGCGCUGUUCGCCUCCGCCGCGACAGACUGCGUCGACCCGACUGCCGUCCUCACCUUCCCUGCAAGCAACUGCAGGAAGCCGGCGUCGUCUGGCUCCGAGUCUCGCUCUGAUUCCUCUGAUGAGGAGGAAAUCGAUGUAGUCACUGUGGAGAGCAAACAGAACCGGGUGCGACUGGUGAACGUCCGAAAACCGAUCACCAUCACAGUUCGUGCGGACCCCUGCCCAAAACGCUUCCACGCAUCUGUCCACCGGCAGCAGCACAACUACGCCGCCCGCUCCCCAGACAGCGGGCUAGGGCCUGAGGAGGAUGACGAGGACGACGACGAUGAUGACGACGAUGAGGAUGAGGAGGAGGAGGAGGAAGAAGAGGAUGAGGAGGAGGAUAAAUAUGACGAAGAGCCCCAGAGCAAGCGUACCUGCACAGCAUCCUUUCACCAUCCUGGUUAUUCGGCUCGCGCCUCCCAGCCUACGUCCCCCUCAGAUACUCCCCAAAACUCGGACGCAGAGGACACUGACCGCCGGCGGAACCACAACUUCCUGGAGAGAAAGAGGAGGAAUGAUCUCAGAUCUCGUUUCCUCGCCCUGCGGGAUCAGAUCCCCGGCUUGGAGUCAGCCAAGACUCCGAAGGUGGCCAUCCUGACCCAGGCAACAGAGUACCUCGUGGAACUGCACACCAGGGAGAAGCGACAGCUCCAGGAGAAGAAACGCCUCAGAUCCAGACAUCAGCAGCUUCUUCGCAGGAUAUCUGAACUCAAGCGCCCUUGAGACUCUAACUCUGAUACAAACUCAGUCACUCAAGGACUUAACUUUCAAGUUAUCCGUCACUUUUUAGAGGUUAUCCCUGUCAUAGAGCUCCAUGUAAAUAGCUGCGAAUUUUGCAUUCAGUGGCGGUGGGCUUUCUGUGAAUUGACUGUGUUGGCCUGUGAACCAGUUAUGGGGAAGAGCAGAUGCGUGCUGUUUUUUGUUUUCCUUUGCACAGUCAGUUAUGAACAGAGGGUUUAAUGAAGAUGCUUUUACUGCUAGGGCCAGGAUAUUUCAUGGUAUGCCGUGAUGUGUGACAGUAGACACUUGUAGCCUUCUGAGUGUGUCUGGAAUUUGGUGGUGUUGUCUUCAUUUCUUUGUUGCACAUUGACUGAUGUCUUGAUGCCUUUCAGUGCACAUAAGAGUGAACGAUUCUUCUCCUUGUUUAUUUGGUUUUGUAUGACUGAAGGUGGGAUGUACAUAUAGUUCUGUAAAUAAUAGCUUAUUGCUCCCGGUGAAGGAGACGUGACUUCCUCUGUGUGAUGUACCACCAGGCAGAAAGGAGCUUCUAUUUUGUUAAGAAAAUAGGGAAAAAAAAUGGGCAAAAAAUUUUGAAAAAGCACUGCUGUACUUUAUAUCCACGUGUCACUUUGUGAUUUCAACGCUUCUCCUGUUUUUGAGUUUAAAAGCAUGCAAGCAUCAACAGCAUCAUUAAAUUUUUAUACCAUCUUUGCAUACAAA